UAAUUUUUUACAAAAGAUGGAUUGAAAAUGUAGCAAAAGACAAUGCAACGGAUUUAAUCUCAUGGCCAAUCUUUUGACUGAUAAACAGAUCAUUAAUGUUUAUUAAUCACUAUUGUUAAAAUGAAGUUAAUAUUUAGUUUACUUCUUUAUAAGUGUUCACUGUUAGUUUACCUGUUGUGUGUUCAGACUGUGGUUACUGGUGCUGCUCAGCCUGCUCAAGUGCAUAGAGGAGUAUACACCUUCGAUGAACUGGUAACAAAAGGGAUAUUUGUAGACAAAACAAUGAUGAUGAAAGAAUUUCUUGAGAGCAAAUGCAGAGCGACAAUCAUAACUAGACCUCGCAAGUGGGGGAAGACCGUCAACAUGGAUAUGAUACAAAGGUUUUUUGAAGUAGAAACCAACAAUAUUGGUGUACAAACAAAAAUAAUGGAUCGGAAAUAUCAUAAGUUAUUCCAAGGCGGUGAAGUUACGCUUCCAAAACAGUCUACAAAAGUGCUAACGGAAAUUAAAGAGUUGAAACCAUUAAAAAUCGCUAAUGACUCGAAGACAAUGAAACGUCUAGGUAUGAUUCCUGUGUUGAGGUUUAACUUGUCAAGUAUUGUUGGGGCAAAUUACAAAAAAAUUGAAGAUAAGUUGAAACAAGAAAUGAAAAAUCUGUAUGCACGACAUAGAUACUUGAGAGUUUACUUCACCAAUGAAAGCCGUAUGUUGAAUGCUACUGAUAAAAAACGCCUUGCGAGGUAUUACGAAAACAAUCAACUUGAUACAACUAGUUUGAUCGAUGGGUUGUACUUUCUGAGCAGACUUCUGUUUGAGCAUUAUAGACGGAAAAUUAUUGUGUUAGUGGAGGAAUUUGACACCCCUUUUAACCAUGCGGAAGAAAACUUUCCGAAGGAGGAAAAAAUCAAAGUAAAAUCUUUGCUUGUAGAUAUGUUUAAGGAGUUGCCUGAGAAUUGGUACAUGAAAAGGACAUUAAUUACAGGGACGCUACCUUGGGUAGGAAGUGUUUUGUUUCCCAACAGUAGUAUGUGUGUUAGAUCAAUCCAUGAUGAGGAAUAUUCUGAUUAUUUUGGCUUCACAGAUUCAGAAGUUGAUGAUGUUCUUCACAACUUUGAUAUUCCAACAGAUAAAAAUUCAACAGGGAAAAUGAGGUAUUGGUACCGAGAGUUUACAUAUGGAGGUAAAAAGUUGUAUAACCCGUUGGACAUUAUGGGCUUUGCAUCAAAUCAAGGCCGAAUGUUGGAUUACUGGGUGGACAGCGGAAGAAUCAAGUCCUUAGAAAAGUUUUUAGUUAGUGAUAGAGCUCAAGAUGACCUUUUAAAAUUAUUAGAAGACCAAGGAAUUAAUAAAACAACAUUUGCGUUCAAUAGACAUAACGAACACUAUGACUCAAUAUUUUACAAUCUUUUAUUUCAUAAUGGAUACUUAAACUGCUUCAAUAACAAUAUGAACCAUUAUGUUUUAAAAAUACCAAAUCAGGCAAUCAGAAACUACUUGGUAGACUUUAAAACACAUUGGGUCUGCGAGAAAUACGAUAUUUGGAUCAACGACUUAUACGAUUUUGUCGGCUGUUUGAUAACCAGCCAGUUAAAACUUCUUAAAGAAAAUCUGGACAGUGUGUUUGACAGUUUCAAGAACUCUACCUUACGGAAUGAGGAAGAAUAUCACACGAUAAUGGGAAAUGUUCUUAGCCGCUUACUAAACCAUAAUUUCAUCUUUUCAAACAAAGAUUAUAAGUUUAACAAUUUGUUCCAUUUGAUUAUUCCGAGAAGUGAGUACCAGGGUCACACUGCGUUUGUGUUGGAGUACGCAGUGCUCGGAGAGCCCAACCCUAAGAUGGAAAUGUUCCGUCAACUCCUGGGACUAGCGCAGUACACGCUGGAGAGGAUAGACAGCAAUCUUUACGGACCCGAGAUUGUGAAAUACAAGUACGUAGACCAGGUUGUGACUAUCGCUAUUGCAUUUUAUAAAGCUCAGUUGGAAAUAUCGUGUAAAGUCUUUAAACAGGAGCCAGAAAACUGAUUUUAUACGAGCUAUGGGAAUUUAUGUGCAUUAUUGAAUAGC